CGUUUACAGGAUUUGUUCGCCAUGUGCGAAGAUGUUGCGCGAGGUUGUUGUUACUUGGAGGAAUUGCGUUUCGUACAUAGAGAUCUAGCGUGUCGCAAUUGUUUAGUAUCUUCGAGAAAUAGUGAGAAUCGUAUCAUCAAAAUUGGAGAUUUUGGACUAGCUAGAGAUAUCUACGAGGAUAAUUAUUAUCGCAUGGAAGAAGGUUUGCUUCCUGUUCGUUGGAUAGCACCCGAAUCUUUGAUAAUCAAUAUAUUUACUUCUCAAAGCGAUGUUUGGUCUUUUGGUGUUUUAAUGUGGGAAAUUACAUCGUUGGGCGAGCAACCUUAUAUUGGCAAGACUAAUGAAGGAGUGAUAAAUUAUGUACGCGUUGGAGGCAGAUUGCCGAUGCCUCUUAAUUGUCCGUCAGCAUUGUACCAGUUGAUGCUACGUUGCUGGAGUGCAGCGGAUGCUAGACCAAGUUUCAAAUUUUGUUUGAAAAAUAUUAUAGCAUUAAGAACGAACAUGGAAGAUGCCUUACUGAGUCCAGUCGAUACUAUUUAG